ACUCAACAGUCGUGUAAUGACUUCUUUUCAGACAGAUGAGCAGACAAUAAGCUCCACCUGUCAGCUCCCAGCUGAUUAGCUCUGCAGGGCUGUCACACAAUUGACUCCUAACAAUGAGAGGCGGAGCUCGCAGCAAACUGCUCACAAUCAAUCACGUAUAAAUACAGCGCCGAGGCAAAGGGUGCCGUCGUUGCAGCUCGGGCCCGUGCGUAGUUCCUAACACCAUGAUGGAGCUUUUCAGGCGUCUGUUUGGUGUUGUGGUCGUGGCUGUUUUGGUCGGUGGCGCUGCCGCCCAGCAUCACGCGCCUUACCCUCCUCUGCCGCACCAGCCUCCGUUUCAGUGGCCUCAGCAGCUCUCAAAGGCUCCUCCACCUGCGGCGCCUUUCGAUAAAUGUCAGGUGGAGGAGGGCGAGAAGAUCCGCUGCGGGAGUGCAGCUCUCACCGCCGAGCAGUGCGAAGACAUAAACUGCUGCUUUGAUGGGCGACAGUGCUACUAUGGGAAAGCAGUGACGGUGCAGUGCACCAGGGACGGCCAGUUUGUGGUGGUUGCGGCUCGAGAUGCCACUCUCCCACCCAUAGACGUGGAUUCCAUCAGCCUGUUGGAGAUGAAUGAUGACUCUUGCGCGCCGGCUGAUGCCAACUCUGAAUUUGUCAUCUUUCAGUUCCCUGUGACUGCAUGUGGCACUAUGCUUAAGGAGGAAGAUGAAGCUGGUUAUGUGGUGUACGAGAACCACAUGUCGUCGUCUUAUGAAGUGGGAAUUGGCCCGAGAGGCUCGAUUACCAGGGACAGCCAUUUUGAGUUAUUGUUCCAGUGCAGGUACUCGGGCACAUCUGUGGAGGCUCUGGUCAUGGAGGUGAAUGACAUCCCUUCCCCUGUGUCGGUCGCUGCUGCCGGACCGCUCAGAGUGGCGCUCAGCCUGGGCAGUGGACAGUGUCGUCUGAAAGGAUGUGUGGAAGAAGAGGUAGCGUUCACCUCCUUCUACAUGCCGUCCGACUACCCGAUCGCUAAAGUCCUGAGGGAGCCGGUCUAUGUGGAGGUCCGCCUCCUGGAGAGGUCCGACCCAAACAUUGUUCUGAACCUGGAGCACUGCUGGGCCACUGCUGGUCCAGACCCCGACAGCCUGCCACAGUGGGACCUUCUGGUUGACGGGUGUCCCUACCAGGAUGACAGGUAUCUGACCACCUUGCUGCAUUUGGACGAGUCGUCCGGUCUUCAGUUCCCCACACACCACAAACGUUUCAUCGUGAAGAUGUUCACGUUUGUGAACAAAGACUCGUUCACGCCUGAGAAGGACACGGUGUUCAUCCACUGUAACACAGCUGUAUGCUACCCAAGCAACACAAACUCUUGUGAGCAGCAAUGUUUCAGACAACGAAGAGCUGCUACUAUGAAAACCAAUUCCUCCAGCCGCCUCGCUCUGGUCUCCAGUGGUGAAGUGAUCCUGACGGAGAAACCUGACACACCUGCUCCCAGCUCCAAAAUUCUGCUGGAGAGCAACAAGUUCAUUGUUUGUGUUCUUCCAGUGUCUUUGCAAAGCGAGACCGAUUCAUCACUGGGCUCUGGGCUGACUUUCCCUCAGCAGCAGGACCAGCUCCUGGACGGGAUCGGCCACCGGCUGACUGUUUAG